UAAUAUGAACCAAAAUUUAUGAUACCAUAUGCGGCGGACGUGAAGGCUUAGGCGGCCCAAAGAAACAAAAUCCGACCGCCCAUGUUUGUUUUACAUUCCUUGUCCUACUUUCUUUUUUGACUUGGAAAAAGAAUACAAGGCGAAGCUUCGACGACUUUUUUGUUUUCCUUUCGAUUCCGCUUUCAGAAUACGCGGAAUUUGAAAGAUUUUCCGACCGGGUCCUCGCGUCAAAUUCGGUUUGAUUCAGCUGGGGAUAAUUGAAUUAGAAUGGGAACUCCCCAAUUCCCUGAUCUUGGAAAGCAUUGCUCCGUCGAAGAUUGUAAACAGAUCGACUUCUUGCCUUUCACUUGCGAUCGUUGCCACCUGGUAUAUUGCCUGGAACAUAGAAGCUACAUUAAACAUCACUGUCCAAAAGCUGAUAAAAAAGACGUUACCGUUGUCAUUUGUCCGUUAUGUGCUAAAGGAGUUCGCCUGAUUCCAGAUGAAGAUCCAAACAUCACCUGGGAAAUGCAUGUUAAUACUGAAUGUGAUCCUUCAAAUUAUGACAAAGUCACAAAGAAGAAAAAAUGUCCAGUUCCAGGCUGCAGGGAAGUUUUAACAUUCUCAAACACAAUCAAAUGUAGGGACUGUACUCUAGACCACUGCUUAAAGCACCGUUUUGGGCCAGAUCACAAAUGUCCCGGGCCUAAGAAAUCCGACCCCGGUUUUCCAUUUAUGGGUCUUUUAAGCAGGAGUAGAAAAGAAUCGAAAAACAACCAAGCUCCUGCAACAUCUUCUUCCAAGUGGGCUACAAGUUUUCUUAAUGCAGCGUCUACUGUUCGAGCCUCAGCUGAAGCAGGUAUGACCAAAUUGGGCAGUGAAAUAAGCCAAAAGUUGCAAAUUGCAAGGGACGGAGUUGGGCUGAGCAGCAGCAGCGGCAGCGGCAGCGGCAGCAGCAAUGGGAAUGCAGGGCAAGUAGAGGAGUGCCCACAAUGUGGAGCGAAGUUUGCCUCAGUUACAACAUUGGUGGAUCAUGUGGAGAAGGUACAUGAAAGGAACAACCAAUCUCGAGUUUUUAAGAUGUCGAUCGAUGUCUGCCCCAAGUGUAGUAAAGGGUUUCGUGAUCCAGUUGCGCUUGUAGAGCAUGUUGAAAGGGAUCACGGUGGCACUUCGAAAGCUUAAGAGGGUUCGACUGCAAAUUGUAAACAGCAUAUUGCUGGAGAUGUAAUUGUGUCAUCUUGUGUUGCUUGAAUUUUUUAUACCUCAAAAUUAAAUGGAAACUGGUAAGCUGCUCUUGAGAACCCAACUUCAGGUCAAAUGAUUUUUCAACUUUCAAUUAGUUUGUUUCAUGUAACCUUAAAACUUUAAGGUUAAUUACAAGUUUUUAUGGGAAUACAUUAAUUCAUCUGCUUGUUCAUA